GUGCUUUAUCCGGCCGGGCUAAGUUGCAGUCAGAGAUCCUUCAGUAUGACCCACCAGCUGCUGCCCCGUGCCCUUGUCUCACCACGUUGGCUCUGGGAUACCUUGCGUAACGGCUCUGCCCUCUCAGGAACACUGCGUGUCUUGGAUGCCUCAUGGCACCUUCCCAAAUCAGGAAGAGAUGGAUGGCGGGAGUACAAGGAGCGGCAUAUCCCUGGCUCUUACUUCUUUGACAUUGAUGCAUGCAGUGACCGCACUUCCCCAUAUGACCACAUGCUUCCCACAGCUGACCAGUUUUCUGAAUAUGCAGGAAGUCUGGGAAUCUCCAACGACAGCCACAUUGUUGUCUAUGAUGCUAGUGACUUUGGCUCCUAUAGUGCCCCUCGUGUCUGGUGGAUGUUUAGGAUCUUUGGCCAUCCGCAGGUGUCCGUAUUAGACGGAGGUCUGAAAGCCUGGCUAAGAGAAGGACUAGCCGUCAAUUUGGGAAAGGAGCCUCAGCCACAGCCUGCAGAGUUUCGUACACAGUUCAACUCCUCUCUAGUUGUGGGACAUGAGGACAUGGAGGAGAAUAUUGAGAAGAAGACAUUUCAAAUGGUAGAUGCCAGAGUGGAAGGAAGAUUCCGAGGCUUAGAACCAGAGCCCAGAGAAGGUAUUGAACCUGGGCAUAUAUCUGGUGCAGUGAAUGUCCCUUUUCCCAGCUUCUUGUCAGCGGAAGGAUACGAAAAGUCUCUUGAUGAGAUCCGUCAUUUGUUCCAUGAAAAGGGUGUUGAUCUCUCCAAGCCAAUGGUGGCUACUUGCGGAUCCGGCGUCACUGCUUGUCACGUUGCCCUGGCAGCCUUCCUUUGUGGAAAAGAAGACGUUUCCAUCUAUGAUGGCUCAUGGGUUGAGUGGUACAUGCGUGCUAAGCCAGAGGAUGUCAUCUCAGAAGGUAGAGGGAAGACCUUGUGAGGCCAUGGGAAUUCAGAAUCUGCAUUCCAUUCCCAGUCAUGAUAUUGACCCUAUGUCUUGGCUCUACUGGGUCACCUGUGAAGCAAAGAUAUCUUUAAAAAGUUCACACUCCCUGUUAAUCCAACUUCCGUCUCUGGCUAACUGUUAUAAUGAUCAAACGUUGGCUGACCAAGCCAUGCCCAUCCAGUGCCUUAUCUUCUGUUUUCUGAAUGGGUCUUGUCGAGAGGUGUCAUUCAUAAUUAGUACAAACGGAUCCUCGGGGGGGGGGGGGUGAUAGAAAAGCACAAGGUUUGGAUGUAGAGCAAAGUGUCUUUAUCUCAAUCUUUAGUCCAUACAGGAAUCACUAGGGAAGAGUAGGUGAUUGUUGAAUGCAAUGACAGUUCUAUGUUAUUGUUAGUGAGGAGCGUGGUUGUGUAUUGCACAUAAAACCUGUACCCAUAGAAUUCUUUGAUUUAAUUGUGGGAAUAACGGUCAUACGUUUUAAUUCAGUCUUAUCUUUAGUGUAGGACUGGGAGAAAAAGUAUUAGAUGUGUUUAUUUCCAGUUUUCAGGUACUGAAAAUAAAGACUUAAAGGAGAAGGAAAUGAUAAAAUUAAGGAAGCUUUAUCAGAAAGGUCUAUAUAAAUACACCAGUAAACCCUCAAAGUAAUGUUGCUCAGAGUUCUCUGUCAAAAGAAACACCUCAUUUCUUUCCUUCUAUUGUGUACAUGUGGGCUUCUGUAUCAGACUUCCUGUUUUCAGUGUAAACCUCCAGGGCUAGGGCUUGAGCAUGCUCAGUUUGCUUCUCUCUCCUCCUCCCCUCCCUGCUGUAAUCUGAGUCCAGAGCUAUGAGUGAGCAGGGAGAGACUCAGGCAGGAAGUGAUGUCACAGCAAGCUAAUAUGGCAGCUGCUAUCCUAAACAAACAGAGAGAGCUUCUAGAGCUUGUUACUCAGGUAUGGUAAAGCAUUCUGCAGAAUAACUAUAGUCUUAUAGCUUGCACUAUUGUGGCUAAUCUAUUGGCAAUAAACUGCUUUAAACUAACGGUUAGUAUCCUGUUCUGCCUCAGAACUGUUAAAUCAUGAAAACAGCCCAACUUUUUUUUUUUCCAAUAUCAAAUUAUUCACAUGAAGACAUUUGGUUAUAUUUAUAAAAGAGUGAAGUUAGAGAUGGCCACAGUCCUCUAGAGUGAAAUUCCGCCACUCUCCAUUCAUUUCUAUGGGAUUUUGAAAGGCGUUUUUAUCAAUGGGUGAAAGUGAAAGUUCAUCCUGAUAAAUACACCUUUCAAAAUCCCAUAGAAAUGAAUGGAGAGUGGCGGAAUUUCACUCUAGCAGACUGUGGUGAUCUCUAACUUCACUCUUUGAUAAAUAGUGGCACUUCAAAGGGUUCUGCUAAAGUUAAAUUCUGCACCAUUUCAAUCAAGUUGAUUUUGUAUGACGUUGUAGCAAGCAAGCACUGUUUUAAAUGGACACUGAAAUCAUCGUAAUCAUUCUCUGUAAGCAAAUACUGUUUCUUUUUUUAAACAAGCACAUUAAAAAGAGAAAGAUUGAAAACUAA